GGAGGGAGGGGGGUGGGAGAGAUUAGUUUGGGAAGUAGCACGGAUUGCUCAUCCGAUCCGUUCAGCGGCGGCUAGUGUGUCAAGUUACAGAGGCGCCGGAAUCGGCCCCAAAGCUCCUCGGCAGCGGCCACGACCCACCUCUGCCCAUGGGGACCUCCAUGUGCGCCCCUUCGCCCCGGGACUGAAACCGGCUCGCCCAGGAGGCGCGAGACACCAAGAAGGACGGACAGCGCAGAACCAACUCCAGGACUCUGCAGAUACUCGAAGGGAAAAACGGAGCGGAGAGGAGAGCCGUCCAGAUUCCCCUAACUUUUCUGGACUUGGAACGUUCUUCUAAGUAACUUUCUUCUCACCUGGGUGUACCCCGAUUACCGCUGGUGGUGUUUUUUCGGCUUUCCCCUCCUGCCGCUCCUUUUUCCAUCCUCUGCCGGGAGCAAAGGAAAGGGACAUUUUCCCCUCCUGCCCACAGCUCGGAUAGGCGCCUCAGGGCAGCGGCGCUCGCCUUUAUUUAUUCUAUUUAUUUAUUUAUUGGUUCUCAAGACUCGAGGGGAUGGUAGCGGAGCGCGCCCGCAAAGCGGCAACAGCCGGUGCCCGCGGCCCCGGGGAGCCCAGCGCGCCCGCGGCGGUGGCGCUGGCGGUGGCGCCGGCGGAGCGCUGCGCGCGGCUGCCGAGCCCGGGGUCCUGCGGGCUGCUGGCGCUGGCCCUGUGCUCGCUGGCGCUCAGCCUACUCGCCCACUUUCGGACCGCCGAGCUGCAGGCCCGGGUGCUGCGCCUGGAAGCCGAGCGUGGGGAGCAGCAAAUGGAGACGGCUAUUUUGGGACGAGUCAACCAACUGCUGGAUGAGAAAUGGAAGUUCCACUCUCGGAGGCGCCGGGAGGCCCUCCCGAAGACAUCUCCAGGGUGCCACUGCCCACCAGGUAAGGAGCUCUGCGAAUAG